GGCAGCGCAUUUUAGUAGAACCGACGCAGUACUCUCUUUUAGUCUCUCUAACCAGUGAACUCACACAAACAGACAGACACGGUUACACAUCCUGUCACUCUCUCACCAAAAACCCCACUGCAAAUUACACCCUCAACAGUUCAGUGCAAAAAAAAGUGUAAAAUUCUCUCUUUCUCUCUCUGCUAUAAUUUUUAGCAGAGAAGUUUGACAAAGCUUCACAGAGAUGCAUGUGCUGCUUUAAUCCCUACCAUUAUACGAGUGUCACUCACACAGCCACAACGAGAAGAGACAAAAGAGCCCCAUCAAAGAAAAAAAACCCCUUAGUAAUGGUCUCGCCUGAAAUGGCCCAGUUUCACACUUCUCACAUGGCUAAACCUUCUGUGCGGAACAAAGCCUCUGUGUGGCUCACCGACAGUUUCAUCUUCCUCAGCGGCGCAUUCUUCGCUCUUUUACUUGUCUGGACCUUCUCUUCCUUCAGCUCCCCCACCCCAAACCUUGAUCUCUCUCCCACUCAAGCUCGCUCAAACUCUGCCCUCAACUGCGCUGUCAACCUAACCCAUGACUCGGACGAGUCAACCUUCUACGAUGACCCCGAACUCGGUUACUCAAUCGGAAACCCAGUGAAGAACUGGGACGAGAAGAGAAGAGAGUGGCUGAAGCACCACCCUUCAUUCGCCGCCGGAGCGAGCGAGCGCGUCGUUAUGGUGAGUGGGUCGCAGCCGAAGCCUUGUAAGAACCCCAUCGGCGAUCACUUGCUGCUAAGGUUUUUCAAGAACAAGGUUGACUACUGUAGAAUCCAUGGCUACGAUAUCUUUUACAACAACGCUUUGUUGCACCCGAAAAUGGGCUCGUAUUGGGCCAAGCUACCGGUGGUCCGAGCAGCCAUGCUGGCUCACCCGGAAGCCGAGUGGAUCUGGUGGGUUGACUCGGACGCGUUGUUCACCGACAUGGAGUUUAAACCCCCAUUACAUAGGUACAAAGAUCAUAACUUUAUCGUUCACGGGUGGGCCAAGAUGAUUUACGAGGCCAAGAGCUGGACUGGCCUAAACGCCGGCGUUUUCUUAAUCAGGAACUGUCAGUGGUCCAUGGACCUUAUCGAUGUGUGGGCCAGCAUGGGUCCACAAGCCCCAGACUACAACAAGUGGGGCCAAAUUCUCAGAUCAACGUUCAAAGACAAGCUGUUUCCAGAGUCAGACGAUCAGACGGGUCUGAUUUACUUGAUUUACAAAGAGGGUGACAGAUGGGCGGACAAGAUUUAUUUAGAGGGAGAAUAUUAUCUCCAGGGUUACUGGCACGACAUAGUGGGGACACUCGAUAACAUCACCGAGAGGUACAUGGAAAUAGAGAGAGAAGACAGAAAGUUGAGGCGGAGGCACGCAGAGAAAGUGAGCGAGCAAUACGGUGCGCUUAGGGAGAAGCACUUGAAAGAUGCUGGGAAUGGAAGGUGGAGCUGGAGAAGACCGUUUAUCACGCACUUUACUGGGUGUCAGCCUUGUAGUGGGGACCACAAUCAGAUGUACUCAGGCACAUCGUGCUGGGAUGGGAUGCGAAAGGCCUUGAAUUUCGCUGAUAAUCAGGUGAUUCGUAAGUAUGGUUUCGUGCACCCCAAUCCUCUUGAUUCCUCUCUCUCUGCCGUGCCCUUUGAUUACCCAGCUGCUGAGGAGGAUGGUUGGUGAGAUGGGUUUUGUUAAAAAAAGAUUAAAAAAAAUACUAUUUAUUAUAAUAUUUUCACAACAAUUCCUAUAUCGGUUGAUACUGAAAAAAAAGAAGGAAGGAAUUUAUGUGGAUUUAAGUUAGAACUAAUAACAUCUUUGUAGAUAUGAUUUGUUGUGAAACUUUUCUAAAAGAAACAGUGUAAUCUGAUUGCGUGUAUUAUGUGUUUAGUAUUAAAUUCACUUUUAUUUUUGGGUAA